AUGCAACACUUUGAACCAAGCAUGCAACACUUUGAACCAAGCGUGCAACACUUUGGACCAAGGGUGCGACACUUUGAACCAAGCGUUCAACACUUUAAACCAAGCAUGCAACACUUUGAACCAAGCAUGCACCACUUUGAAUCAAGCGUGCGACACUUUGAACCAAGCGUGCGACACUUCGAACCAAGCAUGCAACACUUUGAACCAAGCAUGCAACACUUUGAACCAAGCAUGCAACACUUUGAACCAAGCAUGCAACACUUUGAACCAAGCAUGCAACACUUUGAACCAAGCAUGCAACACUUUGAACCAAGCAUGCAACACUUUGAACCAAGCAUGCAACACUUUGAACCAAGCAUGCAACACUUUGAACCAAGCGUGCGACACUUCGAACCAAGCGUGCGACACUUUGAACCAAGCAUGCAACACUUUGAACCAAGCAUGCAACACUUUGAACCAAGCAUGCACCUCUUUGAAUCAAGCGUGCGACACUUUGAACCAAGCAUGCACCACUUUGAACCAAGCGUGCGACACUUCGAACCAAGCUUGCGACACUUUGACCCAAGCAUGCAACACUUUGAACCAAGCGUGCGACACUUCGAACCAAUCAUGCAACAUUUUGAACCAAGCAUGCAACACUUUGAACCAAGCGUGUGA